GUGUCAACAACGAGCAGACAGCAGCAGCAGUGUCCGGAGAGGAGCGGGGAGGGAGAGGGAGGAUCUGCUUCCACGACGGAGCUAAGGUGUGACAUGGGGGAUGAUCGGCCUUUUGUCUGCACUGCCCCUGGAUGUGGGCAGAGAUUUACCAAUGAAGAUCAUCUGUCUGUCCAUAAGCACAAACAUGAAAUGACGCUGAAAUUCGGUCCUGCAAGGACAGACUCUGUUAUCAUAGCAGACCAAACUCCCACACCCACACGUUUUCUAAAGAACUGUGAGGAAGUUGGCCUAUUCAAUGAGCUGGCCAGCUCCUUUGAGCAAGAGUUUUGUAAAGCACAGGAUGACGACCAGAAGACAAAAACCCCCCAGGCUGCGCCUCUUCAAGCAGCAAGUCAAACAAAGGCGGAGGAUGAAGGUCCAUUACAAGUUGACUCUUCACCCCCCAGAAGUCCCGAUUCCUCAUCCAGCAUGUCAGACCAUAGUGGAGACUCAAGGGAAGUGGUCGCUCGACCACCAAGUUCGGCUCCGACACCAACCAUCGUGCGUCCUGGAUCUCUUCCUCUUCACCUUGGUAAUGAUGCUCUAAACCCGACUCUGCCAUCUCCCACAUCUGUCAUCACACAAGCUCCGCCCUCCAACAGACAGCUGGGCAGCUCCCCUACAGGUUCCUACCCACUAGUCAGGCACCUCCCCAAUGGUCAGACAGUGCCCCUCCUGCCCAGUCCGUGCCAGACAACAUCUGUUAUAUCUCUUGCGAGGGCGGCAAAUUCGGUACCUAAUAUCCCUGGGAUUCCUGGACCUCCUCUGGGUGGAGCCAGCAGUGCAUCAUCGUCUCCAUCGGGUUACAGUCUGCACACAGAAGCAAAGAUGCGUUUAAAGGCAGCUCUGAGUCAUCAGGGUCCGGGAUCACAAGAUGAUGUUGGUGGAGGGGCAGGUUCCAUCCCUGCUGUCCCUCAGAGACAGGAACAUAGCCAGCAGCUCACUCAGAACUCUGAUGCCCCUUCACCAGCCCAGCCACAGGUGUCCCCUGCACAGCCCACAGGAGGCAGACGAAGGCGAGCUUCUGAGAUGGAUCCUGAUGAGAGGAGGCAGCGCUUCCUUGAAAGAAACCGUGCAGCUGCCUCUCGCUGCCGACAGAAACGAAAAAUAUGGGUUAAUUCCCUGGAGAAGAAGGCAGAUGAUCUCGCUACCAUGAAUGUCUCUCUCACGAAUGAAGUGACCCUUCUGAGGAAUGAGGUUGCUCAGCUAAAGCAGUUGCUCCUGGCCCAUAAAGACUGCCCCGUCACUGUAAUGCAGAAGAAAGCUGCUUUCCUAGCUGCAGGCGGAGAUGAAGUUUCCCGGGAUACUUCCACCGAACCCACUGGCUCACCGGCGGCUGUUAUCCAACAUGGCUCGUCACCACCCGACCCAGCCUCCAGCCCGGGCCCUUUGAUCAAUGGAAUGAGUGUCCGCGCCGCUGAGGCAGUGGCCAUGUCUGUCCUAGCUGGAAUGGGAUCUGGACAGCCAGCAGGAGUCGUCAUGGCAACACAACCUCAGUCAACAAACAGAUGAUGGGCUGGUGGAGGUGUCAAGAGUGAACUCGAGUGGCAUUUUAAGGCGCGACUGGUGCAGAACAUCGAAGAGGGUCACACUAUCAAUGUCCCCGAACCUAGACUGAGACACCACCCUCCCUCACAGCCAAUGAUAAUCAUGUACAUGGCACAGUGCCUCCACAGAAUGUCCACUCCCAGAAGACUCCCUGGUCAGAGCUCCUUUCUGUGUGUGUAAAUAUCAACAUGGAACACUCACUCUGGAGGAUUAGGUUCUUAAUUUCAACUUUUUUUUUUUCAUUUUUCCAAGUACAUUCAGUAUUCUGAAUGGAAAUGUUCAGUUUAUAUGCACCUCGUGUCAAAUGCAGCUUCUGUUCUGUGCUGGCCCACAAAUCUACCUGCGAUAUUGUCAGGUACCCCAAACCUGCCCUGUAUCUACCACCACAGUUCAUUCGGUUCUGUACCUCAUGGAAAGUUAUGUUUGCUUUGUGUCUUUCCUUUGUUUUUCCCUCUUUUUGUUUGGGUCAGUUAUUUCUAAAAAUACGCUCAGUUGUGUAGUCAGCCUAGUGCAUAACAAACCAAAUUGUAGACAUGUACAUGGUUAACCUUGUGAUUGUGUGCCUGCCUUUUUUAAAACCAUCUUUUGGAAUGGAUGUUAUCACUUAAAUCAUGUAUGUAUCAAUCCCUAUUGACUGCAUGGAGUACUUAUGGUCAAAAAGUACCACUGUUGUGCUACUUCUUACAAUAUUGUCAAUUUUUUUUACACCCUCAAUUAGUGCUUGUUAUUUAUGGAUCCCAUUCAAUCCUUACCUUAGACUUGUUAACUGUAGAAAGAUUUGAAAUUACCAUCAGAACUAACAUAUUUAAAAUCUUUCACCCUGAUGUUUAAUUUGAGGAAAGAGUAGUGCAAUAUAUUUUUCUAUUAAAUAUCAACGUGCUUGCUUUUAGCUUAUGUGUGUAGCUCUGCCACUAUGAUGGGCGUGGUCUAUUCACUUAAACGCUAAAACUGGUUAUCAGAGGAAAUACGUCAAUGUACUAUUGAGUGAAUGUGAUGGUGAGUAAUCUGUAGAUGUAUAUACAGACGUCCUAGUUCUGUGUGCUUUCAAAAGUUUGAAAAGCUGCCAUGUAUCAUGAAGUAAAGGAAAAAUCUUUGCAAGGUGCUUCGUUAUAAAGUUUAUAUAAAUGCAGAUUUUGUUUGUCAGCAUUUACUUCCAGUCCUAUCCAUCCCUUGUCCAGUCAACUUUGUGUCUUUGUGUUUUUUUUCUGUUUUGUUUUUUAAAAGCAAUUUUGAGAUGUUUGCUUUGGUUUGUGUUGGUUUUCUUUUUAAAUCAUAUCAUCCCUUGGUUUCGUGUGUACAUGUGUUUGUUUCAAUUGAGAUCAGUCCACGCAAGAAAAUGUCUCUGGAAGAUGUUUGUAACGAUGGAGGUAUGUUAAUUUCUCAGGCUUCAUGAUGGGAAAAACACUUGUGCAUAAUCUCAACUAAUGAGUAAGUUAUUUCGGCAAAUAAUAAAAAAAAAUAAAUUAAUAAAAAAGC